CGCUCUCCUGUUGCGCCUGGGCGGGAUGGCGGCGCGCAGGCGGUGAGGGCCAGGCCAUGCUGGCGCUGCGGACGGCGCUGGGCCGCUGCCUGGCGGGGCCGGCCCGCGGUGGGGCUGCUGUCCUGGGCGGCGGCGGGACCGCCUGCAGUCCCUUUAUUCAGACAGCAAGAUGCUACGCCAGGCCUGUGAGAAGAAAGGUAAAAGACAUCCCCAGUCAUUUGGAUGAUCUUCCUCCCACCAUGCUGAAGAAGGAUUAUGCCAAUGUCCCAAUAAUAAACAGCGUUGAUGAUGUGGUAAGAAGACUGCUGUCACUGGAGAUGGCAAACCAGAAGGAGAAGGUGAAAAUAAAGACACAGCAGCUGGUGGAGAAGGUCAGGAGGUCUCCCAGCGACAAUGGCUCCCAUGAGGUGCAAGUUGCUAUAUUGACCGCCAAGAUACGCACUUUAGAUGAGCAUCUUCAGAGGCAUCCCAAGGAUAAGAACAACCGCCGGCGCAUGCUGAUGGCCAUGGACCAGCGCAAGAAGCUCCUCUCCUACCUUCGCCGCGUCCGCUACAGCACCUUUGAGAACACCUGCAAGGUGCUGGGCAUCCAGUACAGCCUCCCACCUGCCUACAACAGGAGGCCCACCAAACGCUGGCUGGUGAAGAAGGCUUUCUGUAUCAAGGUUUUCCAGGAGGCACAAAAGAUGAAAGCGGAGAAGCUGAAGCAGGAAAGAGCGUUGCAGGCAAAGGCAAGGGAGAAGGUAGCUCGGAGGGAGGAGACUCCGCAGAGCAAGGAGACACUGCAGAGCAAAGAGGCUCCACAGAGCAACUGGACACCGCAGAGCAAGGAGACACUGCAGAGCAAAGAGGCUCCACAGAGCAAGUAGACACUGCAGAGCAAGGAGACUCCUGUGUAGUGGCCAGGGGAGGCCAAGCCCACCAGGCUCUUUAAUAAACACCUUAAGACCUAGAGCCUCUUUGCAUGGUCUGCCUCAUGGUGAGCACCCUGAAGAGGGCAGUGAGUGGUUUACAAGCAUAAUUUAAAGCUGAAGUGCUGUGAAUUGUUCAGUCAGAACCUUGGGUAGCUUCUCUGCCUCAGGCUGGGAUAUCUUCAAGAUCAGGGUCUGUCCUACCGUUCCUCAUCGAGCUGUCAGACAGCACUGACCAUGCUGCUCAGGAGGGCUUUGGGCAGUGGGGUGACAAAUGAGGGAGAAUGAGGUGAAAUGCUGCACAUUUGGAAAGCAGGCAGCCCAGACAGCAGCUCAGAGUGCCAGUCCUGCCAAGAAAAUGGGUUGGUUCAGAGUUGUGUGAAACUCUUUAUCAAUCACAUCUGUAAUUUCCCUGUGGGCUCAGACAUCUCCAUCUUUUCUCUGGCAGUCAUCCCUCUGUCACUCCCAGGCUUGGUAAUUUUGUACCAAAAUCAGAAAGCUAAGGGAGAAUUCCCAGUGUGAUUAUAGUGCUGCCUGCCUACAGCUUUGACCAAAAGUUCUCCAAGUUCCCAGAUGUGUUGUACCUGCUUACCCUGUCAGGCAAUGGGUACUACUGAGCUCUGGUUUAUUCCAUUAAAAUAACUUUGCUUUA